AUGUCUCGUAACCGCCCCCGACCCAGAGACAACGGCCUCGGCAACAACGAGGAGAUGGAGCUAUGGACAAGGAUAUGCCAGGAUAUCCAAAAGUCCAAGGAGAAAUUCGACCAGCAAGCGACAUUAUCCGAUCAAAUCAAAACUUUAGCGGAUAAAAUUACUCGUGAUGGAAAUAGCUCUCCAACCGAAGGACCGACAAUGGCGGAUCACGACCAACUCGAUACAUGGCUGCGUCAAAGUCAGAAACUCAGUGAAGAGGAACGCUCUAUUAUGAUGGAUGAACCGUGUGAUGUGAUUAAGAACCUCGAGCUUCUUACUGCUUUAAGGAAAGCUUCGGAGGCCGAGGCACCGCCGCAACGAUCAUCCGGAUUAUCGAAGUCCCGGAAGAAGAGGUCUGAUAUUGAGAGCUCGGCAACGGACUCGCCGAGUGCCUCGGGUGUGGACAAGAACAGUCGGUCGAAAGGCAAUGUUCCACGCAGUACCAGCGUGUCAAGUGCCCAGGGACAGGGACGAAAUGACGGAAUCGCAGUGAAAAUUGAAGAAGGGUCUGAGGGUAUCAAGGGAACUGUAGCAGAGCGCAGUGGGCUCCUUGUUGUCGGAGCUCAGGUGGUGUUCAAACAUAACAAGAAUAAACAAGGAGUUGAAGGGGAAGGGAUUCAGUGCAUAAUCAAGAAUAUCUCAGGUGAUGGUCACAAGAAACGGUGGUACGAUGUUCAGGACCCCGAGCCUAACGAAAAUGGCGAGCAUGGUGCUGUUUUCAAGACCACUGCUUCGUCUCUUAUCCCAAUUCCGCAAGUCAGCAGCUCUCUACCAUCAUUUCCUUCUGGGAAACAAGUUCUCGCGAGGUACCCCGAUACUACUACAUUCUACCGGGCCGAGGUAAUGGGCUCAAAGAAGGAUGCAUAUCGUCUGAAAUUCGAGGGAGAGGAGGAUGAUAAAGAGAUGGAAGUCGAUCGACUCUAUGUUUUGGAUAUUCCGGGCAAAUACGAGGCGCUACUUUGGAGUUCAAGCGAUGCCCCUGGCUACAUGACAUAUCUUGCAUGA